CUGCAGAUUUCCUGCAGCUGGCUACGGCUGCUGCUGCCUCCUCGUCUAGUCUGUCCUGGACUUGGGGAGUUGGCGAGGACUGGGGAGGGACAGAAGCUCUGGGAGGGGGCUGAGCAGCCGAGACUUUCCAGCCACUGCUGCCCAGCACUUUUUCCCCCAGCGACGGCCUGUGGGGGGUGGGGGGUGGUGGAAGGAAGAGGAGGAAGCGUCUCGUACUCUAGCCAAUGCAACGCUGCAGGGCUCCCCGUGGCGGGUUGCUGCCCCGAUGAAUCCCCGCAGAGUGUCCCCGACAGUCCCUGGGCGGGAGUGGGAGACGGAUCCCAGCGCCCGCGGUGAGUGACGGGGUCUACCCCCACCCCACAACUCCCUCCUCCUUCUUCGUACCCCCAGCCACCGGCUAGGCGAUAGCUCCUGUCCCCGGGGAGGCAUUGGACGUCUUCCUAAAGAUUGCUAUUGCCUUGACUGGUGGCAGAGGAUGUGGUAAGAGGAUGGGGUUUCUCCAAAGGAGAGCUCACAAUGGCCAGAGAAGAUUCCGUCAAGUGCCUCCGCUGCCUUCUCUAUGCCCUUAAUCUGCUCUUUUGGUUGAUGUCCAUCAGCGUGUUGGCAGUUUCUGCAUGGAUGAGGGAUUAUCUGAAUAAUGUUCUGACUUUAACUGCAGAAACAAGGGUUGAGGAGGCUGUCAUCUUAACUUACUUUCCUGUGGUUCAUCCCAUCAUGAUUGCUGUCUGUUGCUUUCUUAUCAUUGUGGGGAUGUUAGGCUACUGUGGAACAGUCAAAAGAAAUUUGCUGCUUCUUGCAUGGUACUUUGGAAGUUUGCUUGUGAUUUUCUGCGUGGAACUAGCCUGUGGUGUUUGGACUUAUGAGCAGGAAGUUAUGGUCCCAGUGCAGUGGUCAGAUAUGGUCACUUUGAAAGCAAGAAUGACAAACUAUGGCUUACCUAGAUACCGAUGGCUGACUCAUGCUUGGAACUUUUUUCAGAGAGAGUUUAAGUGCUGUGGAGUGGUGUAUUUCACAGAUUGGUUAGAAAUGACAGAGAUGGACUGGCCUCCAGAUUCCUGCUGUGUUAAGGAGUUUCCAGGAUGUUCGAAGCAGGCAAAUCGUGAAGACCUCAGUGACCUUUUUCAAGAGGGUUGUGGGAAAAAAAUGUACACCUUCUUGAGAGGAACCAAACAAUUGCAAGUCCUAAGAUUCUUGGGUAUUUCUAUUGGAGUUACACAAAUUCUGGCAAUGAUCCUCACUAUUACUCUGCUGUGGGCUUUGUAUUAUGACAGAAGGGAUCCUGGGACAGAUCAGAUGAUGUCCUUGAAGAAUGAUACCUCACAGCACCUGUCAUGUCAUUCAGUAGAGCUGCUGAAACCAAGUCUGUCAAGGAUCUUUGAACAUACAACCAUGGCAAACAGCUUUAAUACACACUUUGAAAUGGAGGAGCUGUAGAUAAUACAAGAUGAUGAGACCACAAAAUUUUUGGAUUGGACUCAUGAUUUUUUUUUUUUUAGAUCAUACAAUCCUUUGUCCAUCUGUUUAUGAAAUAUCUCCAUAAAAGAAUACUCAGACUUGAUUUUCUGCUUCCUAAACAAGGGAGAAAAGGAUUUUAUGUCAUACUAGAAGUUACCAAAUGACUGUACAGUUGAAAAAAACACCUCCUUUAUAGUAUUGGGGGACAGAACUAACAUUGGUCUUUUAGACCAUCACGUAAGAUUCUUAUUGUUUGUAGAUGUAGUUACGUUUGGAAGUUUACUAUGAUAAAAUUUGACUUACAUCCACAGGCUUUUUAGUUUAUAAAGCACUGACUAAUGACUAAUUUAGGAAAGUAAAAAGUACUAAUAAUGACCUUUACUCUUUGAUGGUGAAUUAUUUUGAGGGUUUUGAAAAGAUUCUACAGAAAAAAAAAUUCUGUGUUGCUUAACAAAUUAAAUGUGACUUUCUUUAAAAUUUCUAAAAAUGAACUUUACCACUUAAAAAAACUAACCCAAUGUCUUAAAGCUGAUCAGGGAUAUUUGUGUAAAUGACUUUUUCGUGUGUUAAAUAAAUCUGUAUAUUUUAGUAGAUUUCAAUCCAGUAAAUGUUAAAAACAAUUGUGAAAAGGAAGAUAUUGCCUUUGCACAGCACCUUUAUUUUUAGCGUCCUGUCCUAUAUUUUAUAACUAUUAAAAAUCACUAGGUUUGGAAAAUCACAUGUGAUAAAUAGGCAUCAUUUUUCAGAAUAUGGUCCUAUAUUACAUGUAAAACCCAGUGGAAUUGCACAUCAGCUACAGGAAGUGGGGAGGGAGGGAAAGAAUAUGAUUCCUGUAACCAAGGAAUAAUGUUCUAAAUUGACUAAAUAAAAUUAAAAAAGAAAACACACACAUACAAAAAAGAAUGUGGUCCUGUCUUCAGAAAAUUUUUAACGAGGUAGUUCUCACUUAACUGGGUUUAUAUUGUAAGACUCAAGAGCUGUACUUUGCUAAAUUGUGGCUCAGUAUGAAAACUAGCGCGUUUUUAGACACUUAUUGUUGCCCUCAGCCUAUAGCAUAUACUAUUCUUAUUAUCUAGUGACAUGCCUGAGGUAUAAUUUCAAUAAAUUAAAUAUUGUUUGAUUAGUAAUUUUUUUGCUAUGUCACUUCAAUUUUGACACUGGGGUUACAAAAAUUAUGAAAUUUCUAAAAAAAUUAAAAUAUAUUUAUUUGAAAUGGGAAAAGUGCAUUUUACUGUAUUUUGUGUACUAUGUUCUAAUAGAAUAUUUGAAAGAAAAUUAAACCUGUUUCAAUAAA